CCUCAUCUCCUCUUCCCGGGUUCCGAGGCCUGCAGCCAUCUUGGAGAAGGGCGGGUGAAGCCGUAGCCGAGCGUUCUCGUCAAACAGGGCUGAGCUCUGGAUCUCACUACGCCGCGAACUCGGAUUUUAGAUGCCUAUGAAGUGAUUAGAGCCAGACUUGGUGGCACACACGUGUCAAAAUCACAGCAUUUGGGAGGCUGAGGCAGGAGGAUCGCUGCGAGUUGAGGCCAGCCUGGGCUACAUAGUAAGUUCAAGAAAAAAAAUGCAAAGAAGAAAGGGCUGGAGAGAAGAAGGAAAUCCAAGGGCUACUGAAUCUUUUGCUGGCACCAGCCCCUGCCCAUGCAGUCCUCAGCUGGUCAGGCCUUAAAUAUCAAGAUAUCAAGACGCACUGGUGAAGCCCACUUCCGAAGUCUCUAGGUCACAACCCUCUCUGAACCCUGGGCUUCUCUACCAAUGGUCUACCAGUCCCUGAAGGCACCUAAAAGCUGAGUUCCCAGGCUGCGGAUGUAGCUCAGAGGGAUCGAACUGGGGUCCUUGCGCUUGCAAGGCAAGCAGCAGAACCACAGAGCUAAAUCCCCCGGCCCUUGGCAUUUCUUGAAGACAUCUUGCUACAGAAGUUCCCACACCCAGGUCCCCCAACUGCAGGCCACCCACACCAGGCAGGAAGAGGACCCCACGAAUGUUUUUAAAUGACUUAUAGAAUCAGAGUGGUACCAUAGAGCUGAAGGUAAAAAGCUUAGCCACAGAGGUCUAAUCCAUUUACAAGCAGUGUGACCUUGGACAAAUUACCAAACUACAGUUUCCUUAUCAGUUCUCCAAUAUGUAUCCACCUUUAGCCUGCUAUGGUGGCACAAGCCUGUAAUCCCAGUACUCCGGAGGCUGAGGCAGGAGCCCGGCUAUACAAGGAGUUCAAGGCCGGCCUAGACUACCCAGCAAGAUCCCAUCUCCUAGGUCACAGUCCCAGCCACACUGGAGGCACCCAAUAAAAGAUGGUUACCUUGUCUUAACUCUGUAUUCCCCUUUUCCCAAAGCUCUUGGUAACAUCUAAAUCAGUGAUGGUGAACCUUUUAGAGCAUUCAAUGAUAUAAACAGCUCUUUCAAUGACAUAAGUGGUGGCACUUGUACCUUAACCUCCCUUCCGACCUAAGGUAAUGAAUGGAUCAAUGCAAAAAGGAAGCUGCAGGGUGUGCCAGUCGCACGGUCAGCGACCUGGGCUCUCAGAGACUCUUGGUUCAGCCUAGGCGCACAGGCCGUCUGCCGCCUACUCGCAAAUCUUUACCACUUCACUGCGUUCCCCCCCGGAAUACGAUUUCUCAGCGGGGAUAAAUGUUCCUUUGUGGCCGCCGUAGGCCGGGAGGCCCGGCAGUGAGUUCCUAUUGGCUGGAUGUGUUUGGCGCCAAAGCCGGCAAAGGCGGAGAGGAGGCACCGGACCUGUGGGGCACUGAACAACUUGAGCUCGCCAGAGCCCAGUGACUGUUUGGCCUGAGAAGUAGCGGUGGAGGGGGCCGAGAGACCGGGGCGCGUUUGCCAUGUUUUGUGAAAAAGCUAUGGAGCUAGUACGCGAGCUGCACCGCGCACCGGAAGGGCAGCUGCCCGCUUUCAACGAGGAUGGAAUCAGACAAGUUCUGGAGGAAAUGAAAGCUUUAUAUGAACAAAACCAGUCUGAUGUGAAUGACGCAAAGUCAGGUGGACGAGGUGAUUUGAUACCAACUAUCAAAUUUCGGCACUGCUCUCUGUUGAGAAAUCGACGCUGCACUGUUGCGUACCUGUAUGAUCGACUGCUUCGCAUCAGAGCCCUCAGGUGGGAAUAUGGCAGUGUCUUGCCAAGUGCUUUACGAUUUCACAUGUCUGCUGAAGAAAUGGAAUGGUUCAAUCAGUAUAAAAAGUCGCUUGCCACUUAUAUGAGGUCCCUAGGAGGAGCUGAAGGUUUGGACAUCACACAAGACAUGAAACCACCAAAAAGCCUAUACAUUGAAGUGCGGUGUCUGAAAGACUAUGGAGAAUUUGAAGUUGAUGAUGGCACUUCAGUCCUGUUAAAAAAAAAUAGCCAGCACUUUUUGCCUCGGUGGAAGUGUGAGCAGCUUAUCAGACAAGGAGUACUGGAGCAUGUCCUGUCCUGACCAUGUGUGUGACUCCACGGUGCUGCUACCUCACCCCAUGUGGCACUGAACCCAGAUCACUGAAAUGUCUACACUUUGGCCCCACAGUGAUGGAAAGCUAACACACUGGUCCAGUGUUGUACCCUUGAGUUACCCCUCCAGCCCCAGUCUUUAUUUGAAAUGAAUGUGUACUAGCUAAAAACUUGAAAUUGUGAAGUUUGUAUCAGUUUUUAUUGACUGGCUCUUUAGAGUUGUGGCUAAAGUUUUAAGUGUAUAUCACAUUUUCUUAUCAUAAAGCUGUCAGUCAGGUGUGGUAGCACACACCUGAUAUCCCAGCAUUCAGGAGGCAGGGGCAGGAGGAUCACAGGUUCAAGGCCAGUGUGCUAUACAUAGCAAGCUCACAGUUGGCCUGGAUUACAUAGUGAGACGCCAUCUCAGCCCCCAUUCCCCCAAAAUGAAAUAUAUGUACAAAAAAAUGAAAAGUCUAAUGUACAAAAUGAAAGUAAUUCUUCUCCCUCUACUAAUUACUGCCAUCUGGUGGGCCAGUGUUAGCUGACCCACAGGUGGGAUACAAGCCUCCAUCUUUUAAGUGUUUUACCAAUUAUUUCCUAGUUUUCGUGCCAUUUUAAUAUUUUUAAACUGGCUUUGACUGAUAUGUGUAAGAAAACUGAAGAUUAUGAUGUUAUGUAAACCCAUUUUUCACAUGGAUUCUGCUGCCAAGAGCUCUGGGGACAGUGUUCCUUGCUGGUGACAGCUGAAGCUUGUCAUCUUCCUGACUCAAUGGGUACCACAGCUUACCCUUGCCCAUGUUUUUUGGGGUUUUUUUAAUUUUCAUUUUUAUUGGUACAUAUUUGUGCCUGAUUACAUUCUUUAUUAUUUUUUUGGUACCAGGGAUCAAACUCAGAACCUCAUGCUUGCCAGGCAGGCACUGUGCCACUGAGCUACAUCCGUGGCCCAGUAAUGAUUACAUCCUUUUUUUUCUUUGGUACCGAGGAUGGAACUUAGGUCCUUGUGCUUGUAAGGCAGGUGGCAGAACCACUGAGUUAAAUCCCCAGGAAUGAUUACAUUCUUCAUGAGGAGUUGUACAUGGACAUAACACAUCUUAAUUCAUUUUUUCAUUCCCUUCCUUGCCCAUAUUUCAUCAGGAAAAAUGUCAAAGCUUGUGGCUUCUCUCAGUGCAACCUCAAAGUAAAUUCAAUAUCAUAAUUGAAAACAAAACAAUGGUAACUGACAAAAAUAGUUUUUCUUAAAAAGAAAAUACAGUUUUUCUAGGAGUGCUUCUGAAACCUGAGUGACAACUGUAUGGUUGCUCACUUACCUCCCUAAAGCUAUGGAUUAUAGAAAUAAAGUUUGUUUUUGAACUCUCUUGCAUUCCUGUGUUAAGCUCCUCUUGGCCAAGGUGU